CCGGAAGUUUACAUGGCCCUCGACGAUGCAAUGAAAGAUUGAAAGUGUAGGGUUUUUAAAAGAUUUUCGCAAGCCUGGCAAGAAUUUUUUUUGUGGAAGGUUCUUAUUUUCAAAGAAUAAUGGCUAUGUGUAAUCGACAGCUGGUCUUUGACAAACUCAGACCCUUGUGUGUCCAGCUAAGUAAAGAUCAUUCAAGGAAAAAUGUUGUAGCUGUAACCAAAGCCCUCGAGGGAAUAGACAGAGGAUGUAUUCAGGAUUUACAAGAAUAUCUUCUGUUUCCACUCAGAAUCAUACUCAAACAGCCAACUAAGUACUCUGAGGACUUCUAUACAGAUCUGUUCACUCUGAUGGAAAAAAUUCUGGGCUGCAGCAGAGUCUGGAACUGGGAAUUGUUCACUGAUCUGUUCACGUCGUCCUGUGUGAUGAUUAGUUCUCCGUCAGAGCAUGGGAGUCCUGAGGGCAAAGCAACUGCAAAGUCAGAGGAUCUAAAGACAGCUGUGGUCCAGAACAUUAAGACCUUGGUGUCAAAGUCCGACUACAGCAUUAUCCAGAAACUGUUCUCCCUCCAGAGUCUCCCUGUUCUGGGUGUGGCAGUGUCCAUUCUUCUUGAUAUCGCAGACACUGAAAAGUGCAGGUCUCUCAAGGUCCUGGCCAUCAAGUGCCUCACAGAACUUAGUCAGGUCGAUGGCAAAUACUGCAAUAAAGUGAGAGCCAUGCUUGGAGACACCCUAGCCUCUUUCUUGCCUGGGAUCACCAUUACCCUAUGUAAGAUCAUCACUGGGGACCAGAGACAGGGACACAGUGUCAUAGCAACAGCAAUAUAUGCAUGGACUAAAAUUGUUGGACUCACAAUGGAUGACAUUUUAAUUGAGGAAAGUCAGAAGAGAGUCCAGCAGCCUAUUUUGGCAGGGACUGUUGAAGACAAAAUCAAGAAACUGGCCAUAAAGAGAGAUUCCACCUGGGUGGAAAUGACUGGAAAAAAGCUAAACGUUUUAGUGAAGCAGAUUUGCAGUGUCAGGGGUCAUUCAAAUUGGAAAGUGAGACUGGCAUUGGCUGAGUCAGCUGGAAGUUUGCUUCAGGGAUGUACAAGAUCUUUGCAUUCGUCAAUCCCUGACUUCAUGGAGAUUUUGGUGGGAUUGAUCAGUGAUGAGUACACUAAUGUGGCUAAUAAAAGCAGGAAGAUUUUGAAUAUAUUCACCCACACUCACCUUGGGCCUGAAUGUCGCCCUCUAGUGGAAAUGUUGGAAGAAAACCUUCACAAUCUCUCAACAUCUCUUCCCAGAAUUAUCCGCUGUGUGGAUGAAAACAGGAAAUUCUCUGCACUUUCCCUGAUGUCAGGCUACAUAGAUUUGUUAGGAUCUGACAUAAACCACCUGUUGAUGUCUGCCUCUCACCUGAAGCGCCUGUCUCUGUCGCUGGUCCAGGUGUUUGAACUGGACACCACGGACAUCAAAAUCAUUGAGGAGAGGACCACUUGGAUCAGACAUGAUGCUGAUUUUGUUUCUCAUGUCCACGUGUCUGAUGUUAUCAAACCCAGGAAAAAUUUCAAACACUUCCAUGACAAGAAAAUUGAAAAAGAAUUGAAGAAUAUUUGCAGAUUACUGGGAUAUUAUGGGAGUAUCUCUUUACUAGUGGACCACUUUCUUGAUUUGUUCCAUGAAUCAAUUCUCCACAAAAUGCAGGCCACUAUGAUUAUCAAUGAGUUGAUGCUAGGAGCUGCUGGGGAAGGAGUCAUUUCCUAUCAAGAAAAAGAUUUUGAAAAAAGAAGAGAAAAUAAUAUUGAAGAAUUGGAAAGCAUUGUGGAGAUGUUGAUAGAUGAAUAUCUCUCCCCCUCCAAUAUGUACCUGGUGACAAGUCCACACCACAAUCACUCAGUGCGAUCCACCCCUGAGAAUCGCCUGAUGGCCCUAGAACUGGUGACCGGUCAGACAAGCAAUCAGCUUAGUAGCUUCAACAGGAACAUCAUCCAGAUCUGUCUGUAUCUGGAAGGAAUUGGGACAUUUGCAAAGGUGCUAAAAGACAGGUAUUUUCCUUACCUGAUGAAGACAAUUUACCCCUUGUUGGAGAAGCUGGGUGAUGAGACAGCAUACAUCAGUAGCACUGCCUACCUAACUCUCUGUGAUAUCUGCCAUGUCUGUCAGUACAAGUCCAUUGGAGAACUUGUACAACGAAAUGCAGACUACCUCGUCAAUGCUAUAAGUCUGAGGCUACGGCAUUUCUGCGAGAACAAGAAGAGCCCCCUAGUGUUGAAAGUUAUGCUGCAGUACAGCAGCAGUGAUAUUUUACCUCUUAUUGGAGAUACCAUUCAAGAGAUCUUGGAGUCUCUUGAUGAAAAUUAUGAACAUGAAGCUUUGUUGUUUUUGCGUGUUUUGAAUGAACUGGUGAAGGCAGUUCUCCGGUGGUUCAAGGACUGCUCUGGCAACAACUUAGAGAAGAAGCAACAGGCAUCAAGUGAGAAAAGAAUUGAUGACAAACUGGAUGUAGUGUCCUAUAUUAAGGAGUAUCUUCAUCUAAAGAAGGUAUCAGAAGGGGACAUAACUGAAAAUGAUGACACCAGCCAGAAUGAUGAACAGCCUGCAGAAGACAUCCCAGAAGAUCAGGAUAUGGAUGCUGACCAGAAAAAAGAUCCACCAUUGCAUGUCACAGCAGUUAAAGAGGUUCUGUUUCGAUGUAAGCAUCUUCUGUCUUCAAGAAAUCCCAGUAUCCGGUUAUUGGCAUUGGACACAAUAGCAAAUUCCUGCCGAGCUUUACAGUCUCAUCAGGAUGAACUUCUGCCAAUGAUUCAUGAGAUUUGGAUGCCAUAUUCUGCCAGAUUUGUGGAUGAAGAAAAACUUGUCACUAAAAAGGCUGUUGAGUCUUUAAUGGUGAUGGCGGAUACAUCUGGAGAUUUCAUUUGUCGACGUUGUACUAAGGAUGUGUUUCCUAAAAUGAUUAAUUUCCUUGAGAAACAAGCCGAAAUUAGCAAAGGAUCCAGUAAAGCCUAUCUUCAUACAAUCAACUUUAAACUACAGCAGUGUAUUUUGGGCCAAAUUGGUGGUAUCUGUAAACAGCUUGGGGUCAGUGGAAACAACCUUGACCUUGUAUCCUCUGUCUGUGUCCUCUAUCUCAGUGCUCGGCAACCAAAAGUCCUCCAGAAGAUCGCCAUGGAAACUUGUACCAUUCUGAUAUCUCUGGACCCAGAUCCUAUGUGGCUAAAGCUUUGUGAUUUGUACCACCCCAAAGAAUUCCUUUCAUACGUGCCUUUGUUUAAACCAGUAAAGUUUAAAUCAACUCCUGGAGCAAAAAAUGAAUUUGCUGAGAAUGUUAUCGAGUUAUUAAAACUUUCUGAAAUGGGCAGCUAAUAAAUCAUACU